GGUGAAAUGCUCCUGGCAAUCUUAUUUUUCCUACCUAGUCUUGCGGGAGCGAGGAGAUUGCUGUACCCAGCAGUCAAACGCCAUGUGGUAGAUGAUUCAAACUGGGACGCUACAAAGCCUUGGACUGUGAACUGGAUCAGCGUUAAACUGGAUCAUUUUACCUCGUCAGACACUCGCACAUUCAAAAUGAGAUGGCUUUUGAAUAACACCUACUACAAGUUAGGAGGACCAAUACUCUUUUACACUGGGAACGAAGGAGAUAUUGAAGACAUAGCCACAAUUGCUGGCAUGAUGUGGGAUUUGGCGCCAAGAUAUAACGCAGCAGUAAUUCUUGCCGAACAUCGUUUCUAUGGUACAAGUCUUCCUUUUGGUAACGAUUCAUACUCGAGCAUUGCAAACAUGGGUUACUUGACAUCGGAACAAGCCCUGGCGGAUUUUGCAGCUUUAUUGUUUGCCCUUAAAACUCCAAACAAUGGAUUGGUGGUCUCAUAUCCUCAGGAAGCAAAAGUCAUAGCACUUGGAGGAUCCUACGGAGGAAUGUUAGCAGCAUGGUUUCGCUUGAAGUACCCGCAUGUUAUUACCGGGGCCUGGGCUGCAUCAGCACCGCUCCUUUAUUUUGAAGGGGCAAAUGUUGAUCCAGGAGCUUACUCCGCGAUAGCAACAAAUACAUACGUGAAUGCAGGUUGUAACAGAUUUAUCGUAGCAAACAGCUGGAAUGCCAUACUCAAUCUCUCUUACACAGAAGACGGUCGAUCCUUUCUCAAUACUCAGUUCAAAAUUGAUCCAAGAUCUCAAAUCAAAACAUAUGAGGAUGGAUGGAACCUCGUUAACUAUUUCAGGGAAGCCAUAGACGGUAUGGCAGAGGAAAACGAUCCGUUUCCUAGUUCUCUCCCUGCUUGGCCAGUAAAUGUCGCCUGUUCGUUUUUGAAUGCUUCCGGCACUUCGUUUACUGACGAAGAAUUGGCGACGAGGAUGUACAACGCUGCAAACAUUUAUCACAACAGUUCCGGAACACUCGAGUAUAACUGCAUUGACACAAGCGUUUGCGAAGAUGCAUACGAAGUGGAUGAUUAUCGGUUUGCAUGGUCUUGGCAGGCAUGUACCGAGAUCGUUAUAAAUAUGUGCGCAAGAAGCGGCGAAAAUGAUUUUUAUAUGGAUGAAUGCGAGACAAACGUCACUUCUUUCUUGAUCGAGCAAUGCAAUGAGACUUUCGCUCAUCUCAAUUGGACCACAGACUUAUGGAACAGGCACGCUGUUCCGUUGAAGUAUGGACUAUCUCUCGACAGCGUCAGCAACAUAAUUCUGACACAAGGAGAGAUGGAUCCGUGGUCCGGAGGUGGUUAUACCAAAAAUUCCCCUGGAGUCAGCGAGGAUCAAGGAAUUUACGUUAUGAAGAUACCUGGAGCAGCACAUCAGCUUGAUUUACAAACACCUAAUACUUGCGACCCUAACACGGUGACAAAUGCCAGGUUCCAGAUAGUGAAAAUCUUGGAUUGUUGGCUCCAUGGAUGUCAGUCGCUUCCAAGGCUUACUGAUCUACCUGAAAUGGUGAUUCCUCCAAAUGUCAACUGUACAGACCGGAGUGGAGAAUAUCCGUGGGGUCAGGACUCUGAUGCACACAGUCCGUGGAUUAAGGGUUCCAACACACCCGCACUCCCCUGGUCCCUUUGUACAAUUUCACUUAUCAUAUGGGUAUUGCGAGUGUAGAUAUUUUGCUUCCAUUGUAUACCAUUGAGUAAUGCUGGUAUGUGCAAUGCUUUACAAGGGAAGAAUAUAAUGCUUGGUGGCAGGGAUCGCUCAAAAUGAGAUUUCUACCAGUACAUCCAAUUUGAAAUGCUAACUCAGUGUCUGCUCUGCAUGA